AUAGCCUUAACACAGCAAGCUUUAUUUUAUACUCAGUUCUCGUUACCGUAUGCUUUAAUUAAACGUUUAUUCAAGUUCAUUUUAUAAAAGGUUUAAACGUUCAACAUCUUCGAUAUCGAUUGAACUUUUCAUUGCGUUCUAUUCUAGUCAUGAAUAAAUCAUUGUGGUCGUCUCUUAUCGAUCGGCAGAGUUGAGAUUGCCUGAACUAGCCACUUGGUAUUCGUCGUUCCAUUUGUAACUUGUUCAGUCAACUUGUUUAUUUAACCUAAAAGAAAGUGAACUCGCAAGUGAAGAAGUUUGUAUCUGAAAGCAUUCUUGUAAAUUCAAUAAGAACUGUUGUUUUGUUUGGAGCGGCUAGUCGAUAAGAAGUUUUGUUUUGACACAACCUAUCGCGCAACUCGCCUGUCACGUGGUUUCAUUUUGGCCACCCACGUUUUGGAUUGUGGGUAAACAAUAUCAUACGUUCCCUACAGUCUAGUCUGAGCUCCAUAUUUCCUUCCCGACUGUGAAGACGUAAUGUCCGCACAUUCACGGUCUCAAGAGAGCGAUGCAUGGGCUCUUUUAGCCCUAAAAUCAGCUCCUUCGAGUCCAGCAAAGCUACAAUGGAACCCAGAUAAUAAAACUACGCCGAUUGCAAGAUUAGAAGGUCGUGAAUUUGAGUAUAUGGUUAGGCAGAAACGAAUCAUUAUAGGACGAAAUAGCUCACGAGGCGAGGUCGAUGUAAACAUGGGACAUUCAAGUUUUAUUUCUCGUAAACAUCUUGAAUUGUUUUUCGAACAUCCUAAUUUCUUCAUGGUUUGUAAUGGAAAAAAUGGAGUUUUCAUCGAUGGUGUGUUUCAACGAAAAGGAGCUCCAGCAUUGCAACUAGCAAAAUCAUGCACGUUCAGAUUUCCGAGUACGCCGAUCCGCCUAGUGUUCCAGUCUCUGGUGGACGAAGCUGACCCCCCGCUGCACGUCCCGCCUCCCGCCAAGCAGCGACCUCCCCUACCUCCUUUGCGGAUCAACAUACCUGAGCCAGAUGCCAACUUCACCAGUCCCUUCCCAUCUCCCACUGGCACUAUCAGUGCGGCAAACUCAUGCCCGGCGAGUCCGCGGUCGCACGGGCCGCGCGGCAGUGGUCGCAACAUCACGUCCGACCUGCAGAUGGUGGCCGCAUAUGCGGCUGCGGUCGCCGGGCCCAACUCGGUCAUCAACACUGUCACCGUUUCCACGUCCAAUAAUCUCGACGAUCGAAACGAAAUGCUUAUAGAUGGAUCAAGCCAGCAGAACGACGACAUUCAUCAGAAUGACGGCAAGCUGUUUCGUCCUGCGAACGGCUGCUCGUCCGAUUACAACACCCCACCCAAAGAAGAGACAAAGCCGCCGUACUCUUAUGCUCAGCUAAUCGUUCAAGCUGUGGCCUCUGCCCCCGAUAAGCAGCUUACUCUCAGUGGUAUUUACUCUUACAUCACCAAAAACUACCCCUAUUAUAGAACAGCCGACAAAGGUUGGCAGAACUCUAUUCGCCACAACCUGUCGCUGAACCGGUACUUUGUGAAGGUGCCGCGCAGCCAGGAGGAGCCAGGCAAGGGUUCGUUCUGGCGCAUCGAGCCGCAGUCCGAGGAGAAGCUCAUUGAGCAGUCGUUUCGAAGGCGGCGACAACGCGGUGUUCCUUGCUUUAGAGUUCCUUUCGGCCUGUCAUCGAGGUCGGCGCCUGCUUCUCCAAGCCACGUAGGCAUGAGCGGCUUAAUGACGCCGGAGUCACUGUCCCGAGAAGGCUCUCCCACUCCCGACAGCACAGUCAUCUCACCGGUCGUCACAAGUCAGUCGGCGCCCGGAUCUCCAGGACAUCCUGGUGUGACAUUUGUGAGCACCAGUAACAACAUCUCAGUGCCAGGCGGCAACAUCGCAAUGAUUAACAAGUCACGCAUUGUUCAGCAUGUCACUUUAGUCCCCAACGGCGACACUAGUAGAGAAGAAAAAUACCUAACAACAGGCCACAUGUCUGGAAGUAGCAUGCUUAGUAUAGCAGAAGAGCGUUCAAUGUCUCCUCCAGUUAUUGUUCAAGCCGCAUACACAGGGGCAUUUGUUGGUGAGGGAGGCAUGAAGCGGGCCUUGGACGAUGGCGAUGCUAACGAGAGUUGCGGACCACCCGUCAAACAGCUACGAGAGAGCGAUUCCGAUAUUGAUCAUUCAUAAUCUGUCAUGACAAAGAAGAGUGCAUUCGUAGUUGACAACUCCUGCAAUGGCGGCAUGCCGAUGGCCGAGUGUGUGUGGCGCAUGCCACCCAGUGACCAGUGUAAACCGGACCUAGUUUGUGUCUAGUGGCAGUGCAGUGCAGGGGUUAAUAGCCAAACAAAUGGAACAGACCCGAAUUCGAAUUGUUAUUAGUUGAUGGAAGAUCGCUUCGAUCACUUUGUUGAGCGUAUUCAAAGAUAGGCAAUAUUAUAUAAUUAUUAUAGUGAAGAAAUUUAAGAAAAGUAUGAUUGUUGAUAGUUGUUUGUUCUCUACCACCGUAGAAUUAAGUUAUCCGCAUUAAAGUGUCACUAUUCAACGUGUUACCUUUCGCUUGUUUUCAACUUUAACGGGAGUCCUGCUCCACAAAUGGUUCCACACAGACUUAUCGGUUUGAAUAUUUUUAUUUUUAUGCUCAAUGGCUUGACUAGUUCUAGGAUAAACAAUGUUACUAUAACAUUUAUAAUAACAUUCACGGAAAUUUCUCGAUUCUAGGUGAAAUAUGAUUUUUUUAUCAAUUAACAGUAAAGAGUAUCAAUUAAUUUUUCAAAACUUUCUGUAGUAAGGUGAUUCAUUCACCAAUAUUUUGUACUUUUUCCCCAAUAAAGGAAAUAAUAGGUAAAUAAAUAAAGUAAUGAGUUACAAAGCUUCAUAUUACUUUGCCAAAUUGAUAUUCUCUCGAUUUAAUUAUAUUUCUCACUUUUAUUUACUAACAAAAUAUUUAGGAAGAAGAUUACUAGCAGAGCAGUAUGGUAUAAACUUUUUCCUUAAAAUCUUUCUUGUUGAUCAUUGUAUCUAUAUUUAAUAAUUCAAAUUAUUUGAGUAUAUCAUUUUUCCAAUGAGUGUAAACCACUGUUCUUAUAAUAUUCCAUUUUGAUCAUCUUAUUUAUAUUCCAUUGCCUAAAUUAAUUGAUUAUGUAUUUCUUAUUUGAAAAAUUCCAAGGUAUGGGUGUUUGCAGUAUAAUUUACUAUUGAAAAAAAUCCUAGUUAAUAUAUUUUUAACUAUUCAUUGUAUUUCCAUCAAAAGAUUUUCUUCAUCAAUGUCAUUCCAUAUUCCAUUAUCAACUACAGAAGUUGCAUGUUGAAAUCUCAUUCAAAAACAAUUUUAUGGAUUAUAGUUAACCUCAGUUGAACCUAUAGAAAAUUCUACUGUAUAUUGACAGUAAAAUUCUUGACUUGUGGAAUCAAUCGACAAUUUGAAUAAGAUACAUAGGCGUUAUAAUUGUUGUUGUCCUCAGUUUCACCUAAUUUUAUAUUGAUUAAUAUAAAGUAUAAAAUCUAUUGGAUUUAUGUUUUUAUUCUUGAAACUUGAGAUUUGCCUUAUAUUGGAAUUAGUAUUUCACUUGUAUCAAUGUUGUCUUUGGGAUUCUCAUGUUGCUAUCGUAGAUUAUUCACAUGAAAAUUUAAGUAAUUUUUAAAUUUGAUGAAAAUUAUUUCUUUAUAAAUGAUUUCUCUAAAAAUUAUUUCUUUAGGAAUGAGAAGGUAUUUAAAUUUAUUCACCGUCAAUGCUUUUUAAACUUUGUGCAAGCACUUUGGCUUGCUAAUUUAUCAGUUAAUCUAGUAAUAAAUAAAUUUUGAAAAAAUAUUAAAUUAAAAGAAAUUAUUAAUUAAAUUAAAAGGAAUUAAACUAAAAUUUAAACUUAAAAGUUCUCUUUUCUUUUAAAAAUUAAAAGAAAACGUAUUUUUAUAAAAGAAAUUAUUAAUUUAAUUAUAUUAAUUUUAAUAAUUAAUUUAAUUCAUUCAAUUUCGUUGAAUGAAUUAAAUGUGAGUUAUUCAAUACAGUGAGUUCAGUCAACAUUGAAACUAAUAAGCAGUGACUGCAAUUUACUCAUUAAAGUUCAUUAAAUGAAAUUCUUAAUUUUGGAAUUGUUCUAUUCAGUCAUGUUGAGUGCAGAUGUUCAUAGGUAAUUGAAUUUAUGAAAAUAUUUCUCUUAGAUUAUAAGUUGCUGAGUUGAAAGAUACGAAAAACUGCAUUUCGCAUUGAACAAUUUGUAGGCUAAUUUCUUCUAUCAGUCUUGAUCUACUCAUAAAUCACAGAGAAGGUUAACUUUAUCUAUUUUGUUUUAAAGAUUUGAAUGAAUAUUUUAGAAUUUUAUUAAUCUGAUAAAUUGAGAUAUAGGACAGAAAAGAGGAGAUUGAAAUUGUAGAUAGAAUAUUUCCACAGAAUGUAACUUCUGUAUUCAAUAACAGCAUGUUGUAUUAUUAUUGUAUUGUGAAUCAAAGCUUUAUUAUAAUAUGUAUCAAUGAGAAAAAUUUGAGGUGGCCUUGCAUCAUUCUCAAUGUUAUGAAAUAUUGUUUGAAUUCUGUAGUUAUUAUCAAUGUUAGUUAAAAGUAUGUAUCUUGAAACAAUAGUUUUACUUACGUCCUCUCAAUCUUUGAACUACAGUAACUUCUAAAUUUUAUUUGAUAUUUACUUACUUUUAAUAUGAAUCUUUCAUUCAAGAAAUGUUAUAGUAGAAUGUGACAGGUUUAGAAUUACUCCUACCUUCUACCAUCUGAUUAAAUUGAUAUUUAAUUUUCUGUUUGAACAAUAUUAAAUUAUUUGAAAUAAUUAUAUUGAGAAUUGAACCUUCAAAAAGUUUUCAAGUCAUAUUUUAAUAGUAUUCAUAAUUAAAUUUUAGAAGAAUACAAUGGAUUAUUGUGAAUUAUUGUUCUCAGAGUACAAAUUUAGUAUUUCAGAAUGUAUUCAUUCUACUCAUCUUGCUUACAUUGCAAUGUCUAGUCUUUUACUUUAUUUUUGUGUAUUUUGCAUGCCUUUUAUCUUUAUUUUAUCACAAAAAUGUACCAUCACGUAGAUUAUGCAUUAUAAAUCAGUGCGAAUAAAUUGGAAAAGAGAACAUGCAGUUAACCAGUGCGAGGUAUAAGUUGGAAAUGAGAACAUGCAGUUAAUUAUAUAAUUUCAUUGUAGAUUUUUUUCAUAAGGAAUGCCUUCUACAGAACUACUGACAAAUUUAUAAAAUCAUGUUUAAUCAACUUUUCAACGACCAACUCAAAAACCUGCGAAUAUGCAUAUGAAUGAAAUGUUGGAUAUUUCUAGAUAGCUAUUCAGGUGAAAUGUUGGAUAAUAGUACUAUCAAUCCUAGAAUUCUACAUUUAAUAACACUCAACUCUCCUGUCAUCCCACGAGAUUAAUAAUAAUUGAAAGUGAUGAAGAAACUCUUCUUCAAGAACUCGUAAAAACCUGAUUCCAGUGUGAUACUUGAACAAAUCAUAUUAGUAGAUGUCUUUAUUUUAUUGAAAGUUGAAAUCGAACUAAUCGAAUAAUAUAAUUUCAAAAGUUUAAAGUGUAACUUCACAGAGAAUUUGUUCUUGGAACAUUAUAAAUUUAUUCUUAUUUGUUAAUUGUUGCCAUUAGAUAUUUCAUUUAGUUAUUUUGCUAUAAGUAAAAUUUGGUUCAUGAAAGACUUCAUGUUUAAGAUCAUUUUAUCAUGUUCAGUGGGGAAAAUUGUCCAAUUUUCUUAUAGGAAUUCAAAGUUGAACCGCUUGUGUUCCAAAAAGUAAGGUACCUACUUGAUGCUUUUCAAAAUAGUAUGAUGAAUGAAGUAUCAGUUUAUUAUGACAAAAAAUGCAGCAUUAUUAUAUUGAUUUUCAACUAACUUUUCAAGCUUCUUUAAGCUUGCUUAUAAAUUUUGAUACAAAGUAGAAAAAUUAUUGUUGAAAACAAUUAUUAUGUGAUAAGUUUAUUUCAAACGAAUUCAGUCUUUUUAGACUAUCAUUCAAUUCAAAAUUUGCUUUUUCUUUUAUAUUCUUCGUCAACGUCAGGAAAUGUGUUAUGAUGCACAUUUUCAGAUUGUAAUAAAUUUCCUUUGUUGCUUAUAUCAUCUCCAAGAUGAGAACAAAUUUCUGUGAUACCUUCAUAAUUUUGUAUAAAUCAAAAGAUAUUGUCAUAAUAUGCUUCUUAUAUUAUUAAUGUACCAUCUUUGUCUUGGGCAAUAUUGAUGUAAUUGAAUCAAUAAAAUUUAAUCAUAGAUUA